UUUCUCGCAGAUUGCCUUGACUUCUGUUAAACGUUUAUUCAUUCUGCUCGUUGAAAAAUUGCAUAUUGCGUCGUAUUCCCAAAUUCUUUCCCAGAAAACAUUUACAUAAAUUAUAAAAAAGGUAAAGUAAGAAUUCCAGAAAAUUCGUCGAAGUUAUUACUGUUUCUUGCAUCUGUUUGUUCAAUUCAUUUCGCAUCAAUGGAACCAAUUUUGAACGUGCGUCACCAAACUGAGGAAGAUCUUGAGUCAUAUGAUUUGGAAAAAUAUAGUUUCGGAAGCUCAACGCUUAUCAUUGCCGAUAAGAAAUCAGUAACGAUAAAACGUAAUGGCGAACAAAGAUUGCCCACCAGAAAACCAGAUCCAAAAAUUUACAAUAGAAAUGCUGUAAAUGCCCGUGAGAAUCGUCGAAAAAAGAAGUUGUAUUUGGAAACGCUUGAAAAGGAGCUUCAGUAUGCCCGCUCGGCCAAUGAUACGUUGAGCAAAGCGCUCAAACGACAAAUGGCUAUAUCGCGGCAACUAGAAAAACAAAAAAAAUAUUACCAAAAUAUAAUAGCUAAUCAUACAGAAAUAUCUAGCCUGCUCUCCAUCUUGAGUAACAAGAAGACACCGUGUAGUGGGGGCCAAGAAGAAGCAGAAAGUAAAUGCAGCAGCGCAGCUGAAACAACAGAUGACAUAAUGGACAAUGAUUUUGAUAAUUGCGGCUGCUUCGAAAGCUGCUCUGAUUUAAGCAGCAUAUGGGAUAAGGACAGCUGUCUUGCCGGCGCCCAAGAUGUCGGACAACAAGAAGACAAACAAAGUGUAUUUGAGGAUCACUGUUAUUAUGCAACUUCUUCGUCAUCUGACAUACAUUCAUCUCCCGAAUUAUCAACAUUUUCCACAGACCUCAGCUGGGAUGAUGAUAUUGGAGGUUUAACAACAGCACAUGGACAAUGUCUACAUGUAAAACGUGGUAAGGAAGAGUUUUGUCCGACUUGUCAUUUUGAUUUAAGUCCCAGCCCGCCCCUACAACUGUUUAGUAGUGAAAUACAAUAAGUCUUUGUUAUCCAUUAUUAUCUGAACUUCUCCAUUAUAUAUGUUAAAUACGUUGAGGUUAAAACCUCUUUAGAUUAUAUAUAUUAUGUUAAUAUAAAACUAGAAAUAAGAAUUUAAAUAUGUUUACACCAAUUUGUAUUUAUAAUUGUUAUUUGGAGGCAUGAUUAUUUUAUACUCAUUACUUAUUUUAUACAUAAAUUACUUAUAAGAUACACACAAAAAUAAGUAGGAGUCAUAAUUAGAGCAAUAACCCUCUUUAAAAAACCCAAAUAUGCAUCAAGCAACGAUUUUUAAACAAUAUUUUCGACAUUUCAGUGUACAUGUGUCGUCUUGGAUGCUAUUGAGAUACCCGGCAGCGAGCUGAUUAGCUUUCUUAUAUUGAAUAGCACACGUUGCUAACAAAGGUGGGUUUUCAACGUCAAGCUGUUGAAAAGCGCAAAUUUGUUCGAUAGUCAAACUGAUACUUGUAUUGAAUCUUUUUACAGCGCCAGAAAUGAAUGCCGACAGCAUUUAUGCGGUUGUAAAGACGUACAUUUUGGCCCCAUGUCAUCGGCAGACGAAUGUUCUGAACGAUGUUCUGCUAAAUGUGAGAGAAUUAUAAUACAUCACCAUAAACCUUAGCCAUGGUAGAGCAACCUAUAAUGCCAUCAUACGUAUACAACUCAAGUUGCAUUGAAUCCAUUACCAAAAUCAGUCUACAAACACAUAAUACAAAAAAAAAAAAUGAAUUAAAAUUACUUGCAUUUAUGGGAUUCAUUGCACUUAAACAGAUACCAUACGCUGUAUCUAUCGUCUCAAUCAUAAACAUAAAUUUUCCUUACAAAAGCAGUCGCUCCAAUAAUUUUUUUAAGGCGUUUUGCAAUGUUCUGCAAUUUUCAAAUCAAAUUUAAUGUAUGUAUAUAUUACUAUGUACUGCAAAAUAUUUGAAAAUGUUGGGGUGUUGUAUUAUAAUUCUCUUGAUUUAUA